AUGCCAGCCCCGCCAUGCGCCGUCUGCCACGCUGCACGUGCCGCCCUCCGCCGCCCGCGUUCGGGACAAGCGCUGUGCGGUCCCUGUUUCUGUGCCGCCUUCGAGGCCGAAGUGCUGCACACAGUGCUGGCGGGCAGUCUGCUGCCCCCCGGGGCCGUGGUGGCCGUAGGCGCCUCGGGCGGCAAAGACUCCACAGUGCUGGCGCACGUGCUGCGGGAGCUGGCGCCACGCCUGGGCAUCUCGCUGCAACUUGUGGCUGUGGAUGAGGGCAUCGGCGGCUACCGGGACGCAGCGCUGGCGGCUGUGCGGCGCCAGGCGGCGCGCUGGGAGCUCCCGCUCACUGUCGUGGCCUAUGCUGACCUCUUCGGGGGCUGGACAAUGGACGCCGUGGCGCGCAGCACGGCGGGUUCGGGCCGAAGCCGAGCCUGCUGUACCUUCUGUGGAGUGCUGCGACGCAGGGCGCUGGAGGAAGGAGCACGCCUCGUUAGGGCCACGCACAUCGUGACAGGCCACAACGCUGACGACAUGGCGGAGACCGUGCUCAUGAACUUCCUGCGGGGCGAUACCGGGCGGCUGGCACGCGGCGGAGGCCUGGGCUCUCCGGGCGAGGGGGGCGCGCUGCCCCGCUGCCGCCCCCUACAGCUGGCCUCGCAGAAGGAGGUGGUGCUGUACGCGCACUUUCGCCGCCUGGACUACUUUUCGGAGGAGUGUGUGUACGCGCCCGAGGCCUUCCGCGCCCACGCCCGAGACCUGCUCAAGAGCCUGGAGGCUGCACGGCCAUCGGUGGUGCUGGACCUCGUGCACUCGGCCGAGCACCUGGCACUGGCCCCCACCGCGCAGCCCCCGCCCCCCGGCGCCUGCACCCGCUGCGGGGCGCUGGCCAGCCGCUCCCUCUGCCAGGCCUGCGCGCUGCUGGACGGGCUGGACCGGGGCCGGCCGCGCCUGGCCAUCGGCAAGGGCCGCCGAGGGCUGGACGAAGGGGCACCACGAGCCCGGGCCCAGCCUCCUCCAGCUGCUGUUCUGCCUGACUUCUAGCGCUUGGGGUGCUCCGGCCGGGGUC